AUGCUGCCUCGCCUAGAGAAUAAGGUUCAUCCGCAGAAGACAGUUGAGCGGCUGCGGGUGAACAAACUGGUUCUGAACCGAGUGGUUAAUUCUUUUAAAAAGCGAUGCGCCUUCACGUCCUGGACCAAGGACAACAUCCACAAGAGGGAAUGCUGCUUCUUUGAGAAAGGAGUCAGUUUCUCCACUAGCGAGGACGUCUGUAAGUGUGGCUACUCCAAGGCGGAUCAUGUGGAUGAAGCCAUCAAGCCAGAGGAUUUCACGGGCGAGUCUUGGGACAAACACAGACAUGCCCACGAAGUGCCCACGGAUGCUUUUGGAGACAUCAGCUUUGGUGGUUUGGGACAGAAGACUGGCCAGUAUGCACGAGUGUCCACAGACACAAGCCCAGAAACCUUGUACCAGUUAUUGACCGAGCAGUGGAAACUUCCCCCUCCCAACCUGCUGAUCUCAGUGACCGGGGGAGCGAAGAACUUCUACCUGAAGGCUGGGCUCAAGAGCAUGUUCCACAGAGGUCUUAUCAAAGUGGCCCAGACCACAGGAGCGUGGAUCAUCACUGGUGGUACGCACACAGGUGUGAUGAAGCAUGUGGGGCAGGCCGUGAGGGACCACGCCCUGAGCAACUCCACGCAGGGCCAGAUUGUGGCUAUUGGAGUUGCAACGUGGGGAAUAAUUCACAACAGGGACGCGUUGGUGCAUUCAGAGGGAUGCUUCCCAGCCCAUUAUGAGAUGGACACCAAGGGCCAGGGCCGACUCUCUUGCCUCGAUAACAACCACACCCACUUCCUGUUGGUGGACGAUGGGACCCACGGACACUAUGGAGUGGAGAUCGAACUGCGUAGCCGUCUGGAGAAAUGCAUCUCCGGAAAGCGUCUUGGAAACAAAGAGGGUGGCAUAACGACCCCUGUGGUGUGUGUGGUUUUGGAUGGAGGACCAGGCACUCUACAUACCAUUUACAAUGCCAUGCUGAAUGGCACACCGUGCGUGGUCAUGGAGGGCUCUGGGAGAAUAGCAGACGUGAUUGCCCAGGUGGCCGGACUGCCAUUGACCCGGGUCACCAUCGCCCUCAUCCACCAGUUAAUGAAAAAGUUCUUUGGCAAAGAGUAUGACAGCUUCCCCCACCUCAAGAUCAUAGAAUGGACCAAGAAGAUUCAGGACAUCAUCAGGAUGUCUCACUGGUUGACAAUAUUCAGAAUAAGCGAGGACAAUCACGGAGAUGUGGAUGUGGCUAUACUUCAAGCACUACUCAAAGCUUCGAGGACCAGCGAGACACUGGGAAUCGAGAGCUGGAAGAGGCAGCUGGAGCUGGCUAUAACCUGGAACCGGGUGGACAUAGCUGAGACGGAGAUCUUCACUGAGGAGAGCCAGUGGAAUUCCUGUGACCUCCACUCGGCCAUGUUCUCCGCCCUGGUUGGCAACAAGCCUCAGUUUGUUAGUCUGCUGCUGGAGAACGGUGUGAGUCUCCGGGAUUUCCUGCAGGACGAGGAAACUCUGCGUGAGCUCUACAAACAGCUGCCCGGCGGCAUCUUCCUCCGCAAGCUGGCCAAGCGGGUCCACAGCUCUUGCCGCAGCAGGAGGAAGGCGUUACGCAUCAGGCGUCGAGCUCACCUGGACCAAGGGGAAAUGAUCUCGAUGACUCACGUGUCUGAUGAGGUGCGCCACCUGCUGGGCAGUUUCACCCAUGCCCUCUACCCUCCCCCCAACGUGACAUACCACUUCGACCUGUCGACGUCUAUAUCACUGUCUAAAAGUCUGACGGGUUCCCAAGAGCCACUCGGGGAGGACAAUGCUGAUGCCCAGAGGGACCCAGGCAGAGACCUUUUCCUUUGGGCUGUCGUCCAGAACAAUAAGGAGCUGGCUGAAAUUGCCUGGGAGCUGUGUAGAGACUGUAUGUCCGCCGCUCUGGCCGCCAGUAAGAUUCUGAAGACAAUGGCGGAGGAAGGAAGCGAUGCAGACGAGGCCGAGGACAUGCAAGAGCUCGCCAAUCACUACGAGAAACAUGCCAUUGGUGUGUUCAGCGACUGCCACAACUGCGAUGAAGAGCGGGCUCGGAAGUUGUUGGUUCGCGUGUCUCCGUUUUGGGGAAGGACGACGUGCCUGAGGCUGGCCCUGGAGGCCGAUGAUAAAAGCUUUGUCGCGCAGUCAGGUGUUCAGGCUCUUCUGACACAGAUCUGGUGUGGUGAGCUUUCAGUGGACAACCCAGUGUGGAGAGUGCUGGUCUGCAUGGUCUUCUUCCCACUCAUCUACACUGGCUUUCUGGUUUUCAGACGUGACGAAAUCAUUCAUAGAGAAGCUGAGAAGAAGGAGGAGAUCAAGACAGUGGAGACCGUAACAGGAAGUACACUUCGAACGAAUUCUCGUAGCCUGUAACGGCUGAAGCCUCUGAGCAGCUGGUACCGGCUGGUCCAUCUGUACAGCUCUCCACAGGUCAAGUUUUACUGGAAUAUCGUGGCUUACUUUGCCUUCCUCUUCCUGUUUGCUGUGGUGCUGAUGAUUGACUUCCAGGCCACGCCCUCUGCUGGGGAGGUGCUGCUUUACAUCUGGCUGCUCUCUCUGGUGUGUGAGGAGGUCAGACAGCUGUUUUAUGAUCCUGAUGGCUUUGGGUUUCAUAAGAAAGCCAGGAUGUACAUCAAUGAAGUGUGGAAUAUUUUAGAUGUUCUGUCAAUCCUUCUCUUUAUUGUUGGCCUCGCAUUUAGGCUGACAACCGAGCUGUUCUACGCAGGUAAAAUCCUCCUCUGCGUCGACUUUGUGGUCUUCUGCCUCCGUUUCAUGGCCAUCUUCACUAUCAGUAGAACCCUGGGACCCAAAAUCAUCAUAGUUAGGAGGAUGAUGAGGGAUAUGUUCUUCUUCAUGUUCCUGCUGAGUAUCUGGGUGGUGGCGUACGGAGUGGCCAAACAAGGCAUCCUCAUCCACAAUGACAAUCGGCUGGACUGGAUUGUCCGCGGGGCAAUUUAUGAGCCGUACCUCAUCAUAUUUGGGAAUUUCCCCACAAAUAUUGAUUAUGCUGUGUUUGACUUAGACUCCUGCAGCAUGAAUGGCACCGAUCCUCUGAAGCCCAAGUGUCCUGUGCUGAAUGAAAACCAAACACCAGCCUUCCCCGAGUGGCUCACCAUCAUCAUGCUCUGUGUUUACUUGCUCUUUGCCAACAUACUGCUGCUCAACUUGCUCAUAGCCAUCUUCAACUUUACAUUCCAGACAGUUCAGGACAACACAGACAGAAUUUGGAAGUUUCAAAGAUACGAGCUGAUCAAGGAGUACCACAGCCGCCCUGCUGCCCCGCCUCCUUUCAUCAUCUUCAGCCAUUUUUACCUCUUCAUCAGGAACAUGGUGCUGUGCAGGCCCCCCAUCAUAAGCAAGGAGUUUAAGAGCGAGCUACCUCAGAUGGAGGAAGAGGAGCUGUUGUCCUGGGAGGCCUUGAUGAAGGACAGAUACCUGCUGUCCAUAAAGCAGGAGCAGAGCCAGAGCAUGGAGCGACGCAUCCUGGACACGGCCCAAAAGGUGACCACCAUAAAUGAUCGACUGGAGAGAGAAGAGGAGACGAGCUCUCCUGCCGUGGAUCAGAGACUGGCUCGACUAGAGGAGCAGGUCAUCCAGUCAGCCAAAGCCCUGCAGUGGAUCAUGGACAGUCUGAAAUGUCAGGGUUAUGCAGCAAAAGAAGCACAACCACAAACAUUGACCACGCCAGACGAGUCCCCUGACACUUUGACCAAUACAUCAGAGAAGGAGGACGGGUUCCACGUGAAAGCCCGCCAGCUUUACUACCCGGACAGCAAACUCACGCGCUUUCCUGUGCCUGAGGAGAAGGUGCCAUGGGAGGUCAGCUUCAGCUCAUACAUGCCAGUUUAUUAUGCCUCUGAAGACAGUGGGGACCAUGUGGAUGGACCAGAAUCAGAAGCAUUAAAUAAUUACAGAAACCCAGGAGGAAGGACUGGCAUCAGGGGCCGAGGUGCACUAAUCUGCCUCGGUCCAAAUCGAAGUGAAGACCUUGUGCUCACGCGCAUGCAAGACAGUGAGAGAUCCAUCCUGGAGCAUCUGGUGGUUUGGGAUGAGCGCCAUGGAACCUUGACUUUACCCGGGGGACCUCUCCAGUCUGCUGAUCACUUGCCAGUGACUCUUAAGAGAAGCAUGGGGACGACGCUGUAUGAGAAGAUAAAUGCUAAAGUUUCAGAGGGAACAAAGGUGUUUGAGGGUUAUGUGGAUGACUGCAGGAACACAGAUAACGCCUGGGUGGAAAUCACCGUCCUAAACAUUCACCUGGACAGAAGGAGCCAGUUGAUGGCUGAUGUCAGCAGCUUGGUGGCGAGCAGCCAUGGCGCUCUUCAGUGGCAGGAGGUGAGCGGCAAAACCAGACUGAGCGCAAACCAAAGAGACUCUCUGCGGCAGGUUGCGGAGCUGCACAACAGGAAGUUCUGA